UGAAAGAUGAAGCAAUUACUAUGGUUGAAUCGAUAAUACUGAUGAUAAACUGAUUCAAUAAACUAAUUUAAUGAAACUUAACUGGAUCACUUGAAGUUCUUCCAUCUCUAUGAUCAAAUCAUAACAAGGAGGAAAACAGACAAUACGAUUUAUCUCACGUCAAUAUAUGUAUAUAUGAAUUACCACACCAUAACGCGCCAAAAAUUAAAAAAAACUUGCAAUAUAUACUUGAUUAGGACGUUUAGGGUCCAAGAUCUGAAUAAGUGUAAAACUAUACUCAAUAUCCGUUCUUAAUUUCUACUAUCAUCUUGCCAAGCAAGUAGAACCAUACAUUAUUUACGAGAUUUAUUGUCCAUUUUUGUUAGGCAUGCUUAAGGGUGUGUUCGGUUUUGUGUACUUCUUCGUUGAAAUAAAGUUUUUAUUAUAAUCAUAGACAUUUUAAUUUACGUGAAAUUUCCUGAUUCUAUUAUAUUUAUAGUGCUUGUAAGGUAUUUGUGGACUAAUUUAUCAGUCAAAUCUUAGAAUAUAUAUUUCCAAAUAAUCGAGAAAGCUAAACACCUCAGUCUACCAAACUUACUUCCUAUAUCACUUUCGUCAAAGGUUAUUAUUAUGUUGAAAAAUCUUAGAUAUACGUAAGCAUUGUAUAUUUGAUUAAAGAAGUGCCUUCAUUAGCGUUUCAUUCAGAUAGACAUGUUUCACAUAAAAAUAACUUUACGUAAGAAGUCAUCUGUUAGGAUUUGAUUUUUCCUAAUAUUUGAGUUAAAGACUGGAAUUGGUCAUUCAGUUUCGGUAUACGUGCACCCUAAGAGGAUUACCUCAAAAUCGCUAUCAAACAGAAGCAUUUUUGGGCAAGGGUAGAUGGUGGCUAGCAAAGGAAUACAUGAUACGUAUUACAUCCUUUUUGAAACUCGGGUGAGACUAAAAUUUAUGGAUGACCUUUGAGCGACGUUAGACUGACACUGAGAGUGUCGAAAAUCUGAGACCUGUUAAAUUAUAUGUGAUUGACUCGUCCAUAAAUUAUAGUCUCACUGAAAAUUGUUGUCUGGAUGUACCUGGGACGCGUUGAUAUUGAAAUUAGGACUUUAACCUGGUCCCUGUCGCUCGGAACAUCAACAGGUUAUCCAAAAAAUGAAAUGAAAUAUCGUAAAAAUUAAGUUGUAGAAAUUGUUGAGUUUAGAUGAAUAUCAUGAAUGGAUCAAUGUUAGACAACUAUUGAAAACCUGAAAGCACUGAACGGCCGUUUUAUCCUAGUUUGGGACUUGUGAGUAAUGUGCAUCCACGAGUUCAACCGUCUCUGUUGUGAGGCAGUUACUUACUGAAGACAAUAUUGGACAGUCGCACAGUAUCGUGGAUUAGUUGAAGUUAGACAUUAACACCUCUGGAUACUGGCUCAGUUUUCUUUUUAUUUAUUCUUUAGUUAAAAUCACAUUAUUAUUGUGAAAAAUAUCAUUUGCAAGUCAAUAGAAAAAUAUAUCAGAAGUCUUGGAUACUAUAAACUUAAUUGACAUUGAGUACAACUCGAUUGUCUGAAUAACAGAUUUAUGAUUAAUUUUAAGGAUAAAAAAGUAUAAAGAUAAUUUCGGAAUUAGAUGAAAGUUUACAAUUAGGAAAAUAUAGAGAUCUUCAUAAAUUCUAAAUUCUAGGCAAAGAUGGAUAGUGGCCAACAGUGGAAUCCAAGACACUCAUUUCGUCCUAUUUGGGACUUGUCAGCUGUCAAGUGGCUAUAAGGACUCAGUAGCUAAAUGGAUAACGCGAUGACGUUUGAUGCGAACAGCACUGGCUUCGAGUUCCAGAGUGAUGCAGGUAUAUCCAUCGGGCAAGUCACAAAUAGGAUGAAACGCGUAUCCUGUAUUCCACAGCUGGCCGCUAUCCAUCUUAAACUAAAAAAAUUGUCAUUCUCAUUUAUUUGUCUCAUUUUAAAAAUUAUUUUUGUUUAGAUAAAUUAACUUUUGAUCCCAGUUAAUCUGCUCUAUUUAAAAAAUGUUUCUAUCUCUUUUUUUAAAGCUGUUUUAUAUUAAACCAUUUAUACCGGACUGUAGUCAUAUUCCAUGUGGUCCACAUCAACAUUGUGUAAAAAGUAUAGCUGGAAAUGCUACAUGUGUUUGUAAUGUAUUUUUCGCUCCGGAAAAUAUUGAUCCCAGUAUUCCACUUGAUUGUCGUUUUAGUUGGGUUACUUUAUUGUUAGCGGUGAUCUUCUCACUGUUGAGCUUAAUUUGUAUUAUAUGGAUUAUAGGUGCGAUGUGUAAAGCAUGCUCAAGAAAAACACAAUAUAAAAAUGUCAAACCAGUGGAUCAACCAGAAGAAAAUGGCGAAUCAAUUAGAUCUGUUCGAAGUUUUAUAUCAAUACCUUAUAACGCAGCACCAAGAAAUUGUGACUAG